GAGCGUGCGGGCGGUGCUAGUGGCGGGAGGAGUAAAGAUGGCGGUGCGGGGGUCUCCGCCUUCUGCUCCCGGCUGAAGCGCUCGGAGAGAAGCGGCAGCGGCAACUGGGGCAGCAAUAGCAAUCCAGUGGUGGUAGUUUCAGCAGCGGCUGCUGAGGCCGGAGCAAUGGCAGAAUUGGAGCACCUAGGCGGGAAGCGGGCGGAGUCGGCGCGAAUGCGGCGGGCUGAGCAGCUUCGGCGCUGGCGGGGCUCGCUGACAGAGCAGGAACCCGCGGAGCGACGAGGCACCGGGCGGCAGGCGCAGACUCGUCGCGGGAGCCCAAGAGUCCGCUUCGAGGACGGUGCUGUCUUCCUGGCCGCUUGCUCUAGCGGGGACACCGACGAGGUGAAAAAGCUUCUGGCAAGAGGUGCAGACAUCAACACGGUCAACGUGGACGGUUUGACAGCCCUGCACCAGGCCUGUAUUGAUGAAAAUUUGGACAUGGUGAAGUUUCUGGUGGAGAACAGAGCCAAUGUAAACCAGCAGGACAACGAGGGCUGGACACCCCUUCAUGCAGCAGCUUCCUGUGGCUAUCUCAACAUAGCAGAGUAUUUCAUUAACCAUGGAGCCAGUGUGGGUAUUGUGAAUAGUGAAGGUGAAGUCCCCUCUGACCUUGCAGAAGAGCCUGCCAUGAAGGAUCUUCUUCUGGAACAAGUGAAGAAACAAGGAGUUGAUCUAGAGCAGUCAAGAAAAGAAGAAGAACAACAGAUGUUACAGGAUGCCCGCCAGUGGCUCAACAGUGGGAAAAUAGAAGAUGUAAGGCAACCUCGUUCAGGGGCCACAGCCCUCCAUGUGGCGGCUGCCAAGGGCUACUCUGAGGUCCUCAGACUUUUAAUCCAGGCUGGCUAUGAACUCAAUGUUCAGGAUUACGAUGGCUGGACUCCCCUCCAUGCUGCUGCGCACUGGGGUGUGAAGGAGGCUUGCUCUAUCCUGGCGGAAGCACUCUGUGAUAUGGAUAUCAGGAACAAACUGGGCCAAACACCAUUUGAUGUGGCUGAUGAGGGUCUUGUGGAGCACUUGGAGAUGCUCCAGAAGAAGCAGAAUGUGCUUCGAAGUGAAAAAGAGACACGGAAUAAGCUCAUUGAGUCAGACCUGAACAGCAAGUUGCAGAGUGGACUCUUUAAGAACAAAGAGAAGAUGCUCUAUGAAGAAGAGAUACCCAAGUCCCAAGAAAUGGAGGAAGAAAGCAAAGAGUCCAGCAGCUCCAGCUCAGAGGAGGAGGAAGGUGAAGAUGAAGCUUCUGAGUCAGAAACCGAGAAGGAGGCAGAUAAAAAACCAGAAACCAUUGACAACCAUUCCAACUCUGAAAGCAAGAGUAUUAUUACGGAACAGAUACCAGCACCAGCUCAGAAUACCUUCUCUGCCUCUUCAGCCAGGAGAUUCUCCUCAAGCCUUUUUAACAAGCCGGAAGAGCCCAAAGAUGAAUCUCCUUCUUCGUGGAGACUGGGACUCAGAAAAACUGGCAGCCACAACAUGCUGAGUGAGGUGGCCAAUUCCAGGGAAGCUCUAAGGGACCGAGGCUCUUCUGUCUACCGGUCAUCAUCAAGCCCUCGGAUUUCUGCUCUGCUGGACAACAAAGAUAAGGAGAGAGAAAACAAGAGCUAUUUUAGUUCACUAGCACCCCGGAGGCUCAGCAACACAAGUGACGUCGAAGAAAAGGAGAACAGAGAAUCAGCUGUCAAUCUAGUGAGGAGUGGGUCCUCUACUCGGCAGCUGUGGAGAGAUGAAGCGAAGGGAAAGGAAACUCCGCAGACAGCUGUUCCAUCCACCUAUGUAUCAACCUACUUGAAAAGUGCUUCAUUUGGUAGAAGUAGUGACCCCACAAGUCCCUACAUUUCAGCCAAUCGCAAUUCAUCUCCUGCUACCUCACCCAUUACCAUUGGUUCAUCUACCUCUCGGGGCAGCAAGUGGCAACCUGCCUCUUCUUGCCCUGCACCAAUCAGUGCAAACACUACUGCAUCUGUACACCAUGGCAGGACUCCUUACAAAUCACAGGCUGACUCAACAGCAGAGAAAACAGCAGACAAUGUCUCUUCCAGCACCCCGCUCUGUGUGAUCACUAAUCGCCCUCCACCUAACACUGCCAAUGGGGUUACAACUGCCACUCUGCUCUCCACUCCUGGAACAGACUCCUCUGUGGAAGCCAGGGAGAAGAGGAGGUCAUAUCUGACUCCUGUACGGGAUGAGGAAGCAGAAUCUUUACGGAAAGCACGCUCCAGACAAGCUCGGCAGACUCGAAGGUCUACUCAAGGCGUGACACUAACGGACCUUCAAGAAGCAGAAAGGACAUUCAGCCGGUCGAGGGCAGAACGGCAAGCUCAGGAGCAGCCUAGCCAGAAGCCUGCGGGCACUGAAGGGCUUGAGGGAAGCACAGAGAAGCAUGAGCCCUCAGCCGUCCCGGCAAAGGAAGCUGGCGAGAGCCGUCAACCCUGGGGCGGGAGUCUGGAUGAGGAGCCUGUCUAUCGUCGCCUGAGGUAUUCAGCUCAACCAGACAAACCCACAACACCAGUGUCUCCUUCUGCAUCAAGACCCACUCUCUACACCAGUUCCCAUCUGCUACGGACAAGCAGAUCUUCAGUCCCUGACUCUGAGAGUUCAGAGACCACCACAAACACUGCAGUUGCAAAAGAAAUGGACAAAAAUGAGAGUGAAGAUGCAGAUGUGGAUGAUCAGUCCUCUAAUAGACUGUCCAUCCGUGAGAGGAGGAGGCCCAAGGAACGACGAAGAGGCACAGGCAUCAAUUUCUGGACAAUGGAUGAAGAUGAAACUGACGUCUCUGAAGAGGUAAAAGCAGCAUUGCAUGAAAGACUUUCUAGGUUGGAAUCAGGAGGUAGCAACUCUACCAGCAGCGAUUCUUACGGUGACCGUGACCGGGCUUCAGCAAGAGCCCGACGGGAGGCACGGGAGGCCCGCCUCGCCAGCCUGAGCAGCCGCGCGGAAGAGGACACCAACAGGGAUUAUAAAAAACUCUACGAGAGUGCCCUAACCGAAAACCAAAAACUGAAAACAAAACUUCAAGAGGCCCAGCUAGAGCUAGCAGAUAUAAAGUCCAAGCUUGAGAAGAUGGCCCAGCAGAAACAAGAAAAGACCUCUGACCGAUCGUCGAUGCUGGAAAUGGAGAAACGGGAGAGGAGAGCCUUGGAGCGGAAAAUGUCCGAGAUGGAGGAGGAGAUGAAGAACCUCCACCAGCUAAAACAGAUUCAAACCUUGAAGCAGAUGAACGAGCAACUGCAGGCUGAGAACAGGGCCCUGACCCGAGUUGUGGCCCGACUCUCGGAGUCCGUCGAGUCCUCGGAAACCCAGGAGCUCUAGUUCUUGCCCCUCUUCUCCACCUCACUUUCCUCCUCCACCACUACAGGUGUUAACAGAACUGAAAUCCGACAACCAGAGGCUGAAAGAUGAAAAUGGUGCCCUCAUCAGAGUCAUCAGCAAACUGUCCAAAUAGACUAGGCUCCAGAUUUAGGAGGGAUAGGACGGCAUUUGCUGCCCCCAUGCCUCUUUUCCAGCCGUUGUCUUCCAACCAAAAGAAGUGAAUGUUUUGGUGGAAGGACCACUUCUUUCUGCCCCUCUUCCGGUCACCUUCUCUGCACUGUACAUUUCCUCUGCACUCUCAGUGCCCUGUUCCUCCUAUACCCCCACCCCCUGAGUUUUAUGACAGUUGUAAUUGAAGCAUGACUGUGAUAAUUGGAGCCAUUCGAGCCAUCUGGAGAAGGCCUCGGGGAGUACACCAGGCUCAGCUGUGGACCCCAACUUCCUGCUGCUCAGCUACUUGUCCACAUUGGAUUUGGUCCAGACACGUAAGGCCUCUACCCAAACCAGUACCCCACAGCCUUUCACGCUCUUCCAGUGUCCUCUGAUAUAGGUGAGUCUUACGGUGGCCACUCCAGGAUCCUGUCUGGGAUGCCAAGAGAAACAGGAUGUUGGCAGAAUCAUCCGACAGCUUCUGGAGCUGUGUUUCCAUUAGAUUCAAGGUGACAGUGACUCUGCAUUGAAGGUCUCUGCUAGUCUUCACCUCAGGAACUGACUUUUCUCUAACUCCUUGCUGGUGUUACUGUUAUUUUUUCUAUCAACAACCCAGUAACAUCCCUGACUAGUCUUAACUCCUACUCCUCCCUCAUGCCUCGUCCCCUUCCCCAGGGCUCAGAUGACCCUGGCUUCAUUUAUUCCUUUCCUUUCUAUCCUUUUAUUUUUCUUUCUGUCUCCCCUCCACCACCUCACCACAUGGUGUAAAAGCUAGAACGGAGCAUCUGACCUCCCUUGCCUUUGGCCGUUAUGGAAAGUCAUUUCUCCUGGGGCACUCUGGAGACCAGAAGAAUUGCCUUGGUGGCAGCACCACUGGCCUUCUCGCUGAAAAGCCAGACCAUGGCAUAAAUGUCAGCCCACUGUUCUCAUCUCCUACAUGUUUUCCCUACACAGUGAGUUUCUUUAGUAGAAAAUCUGGGCUCUGAACACCCCAUUCUGCCUCACCGCCUUUUGACCUUGUUUUCCUCUCUUCACUCUGGCACCUGCUCCUAAUGAAAAAGGAAGUCCUCGCAAGGAGGCAUGAGAGCUGAGGAGGGUAGAUUGAUGGGAGGUAGAGUAGGGAGUGAAAGCAGGUUGGAAAGACAUAUGGUAUAGAGUAGAGUAGCUGGGGACACUUGCAACCUCGUGACAAAGAAGGUACAAGAUGGCAGCCCAUCGUGCUGUGAUAAUGGUGGUGAAUGUGACUGUUUCUGGUGGCUAGAUUUAGGGGAGAGACCUUUGUUUCCUUAGAAGCCAGCAGGAACAAUGACUUCUUAACAGAGGUUGAAAGUGAUGAGAUCCUUCCAACCCAUUCAUGAGAGUCAUGGAAUCUUUGGCAAAGCCCAGAGAUCGUAUGAUGGAGCUUUCCAUUGUUGUGUCACAGGGACCCCCCCCCCCACACACACACAUACCACGGUCAGGUGUUCCCUGGUGGCUGUGCACUUAAUCCUUAGAAGUUGGGCAACUCUGAUAACCAGAAAGUUUUUCCUAACAUGAGUUAAGGUCUGCCUGUGGAUUCUCCACGUUGUCCAGUACUGCCCUUUGAUGUGACAACCCUUCAGAUAUGUGGAGGCGGGGAUCUCCCCUUAACCUUACUUCCAGCUGAUGUUUCCCCAGUCCUUUGGGGCACUCCCCACAUGGCAUACUUUUCCUGUCUGUCACAUCUCAUCUGUCGUCUCUUGGAAAAAAACAGCCUUUUAAAAUAUGCCCAGACCUGGACAGAUACUCCGUUAGCACAAAAUUAAACCAUUGGUCCUUGGUGAUGACCCAAUAUUAAUACUCAACGUAUUUGCUCUUUAUCGGUAUUCUCCCUUGGUUCGUUUAUUUUGAGUGUGCAAGUCAUUUAAAUUCUCCUCAUUUUAGAGCUGCCCGUGAUAUUCAGCGCUUUGAGUGAUCCAUUCUCUUAACAUAUACUACCUCUGUCCAUUUUUUAUUUCUUUCCAGAAAAUGACAAUAUAGUUCUCCAUGGCUCUUUGAGACAUUACAUGCUCUUUAAACCAGAGGCUAUAAUUCAAGAUCCUAAUUCCAAAAUAGGAAAUAUGUCUCCCCUGGCAAAACCCCAUUUUUAGAGUAUACAGAAGUCUCUCUUCCAUUUCCAACUAUUUUCCAAAGAAGCUGCUACUGAUUAGGAUUUUGUAUGAUCAUGGGAGCGCUGUGCACUCAGUUCUCAGGGAAUGCUAAAUUAGAGUAAAAUGUUUCCUCGCUUCCACUAUAAACAUCUCCUUCAUUCUAGGGAGAGGGGAAAUCAACACAAGGCGUUGAGUAAUUGGUUCUCCUGGCACAUCCUGGACGUUGGGCAAGGGAUGGGGGUGGUUGCUGCCUCUUUCUCAGAAAAAUAAUUAUUAGGAAAACAUUUUGACCCUCUUCCGUUAGAUAGACAGGGUAAAGGGGGUUACAGAGAGUUCCCUCAGAUCUGUUUGUGUCUUUCAAAAGCGUGGGACAGAGUCAAAACUCUUAGGGUGGUGUUAUGCCCCUGCUGCUUCACACAGCCCUUUCACAUUAAAGAUGCCUUUUCUUGCCAGAAAAGUUUUCCUUGUGAUGAAAAAUUAACAAGCUUCUCAAUCUCAGGAAUAUUGAAUUCUAUGGCCAAGAGCUCAUGAAAGUGUAAACCACGCUAGGUAAUUUCAGGCACUCUCUCCUAUGCAAUUAAUUUUAUUAGACACAUAGACUCUGAAUUCUGGUCCCUUUCCAGAAAAUAAAACACCCUUUCUUCACAGUUGGAUUGACUGGAAGCCCCAGGAGUGAUGGUUAGAGACCUAAUGACCAGCUGUGCACCCUGGGUGCCAGCCACAGCAGGCCUCCCUUCUCUUGUGCUGUUGGUCUCUCUGGUGGCCACAGAACUUCUGUCCUCAACCUGCUGGUUUAGAUGCCCGUGAGCACCCCAGAUAGCUCAAAGCUGCAUGAAUACUGCCGGUCUGGCCAACAAUUUGGGGCCCGGCUGUGUCACUUUAGUCUUUACAUGAGGAAUAUCAGAAUGAGGAGGAGAAGGUUCUCAGUACAGCUUUAUAUCCUCUGUUCUCAUUAAUUUGAUAUUUUUCAAAACCAAGCCACACCUUUGGGAGUAAUGGUUUGGCCAUUCCAGAGAUUCUCUGGCUGAAGUUUCACUGCGUUGCCUAUUUGUCUUUCAAGGGCUGCUUAUUCUUUUCCAGAUAGCUCUUGGGCAUGAUGGCCUCUGACCCCAGUCCCGGUCUCUAGUGCAACAGGGUUAUGCAAAUCUUGGGGUGUUGCCUUGAAAGAAUCUAAAGAAUAGACCUGCCCUGGGCUUAUUCAGUGCACUGAAUUCUCUUUUGGGCAGUCUCACUUGAUAUUUCCUGGAACCUCCCUGCCGUGUCCUAUCCAACAGCAGGAUGUGUUUUCUUCUCUUCUGGGCCUUCCUGUCCCCCAUUCCAUGUUUGAGACCAAGAUGCAUGCAUUGCUGUCUGAGGCCACUGGUGGAAGGAGGCUUCAGAUCUCUGGUUUGGAUCAUUUCACAUGCUUUCCCUGCCCAAAACAAAACGUGCUUAUUGGGCAGUUCCAAGAAGGCUGAAACCCCACGUAUCAGCCUAUGAAUCCCACAAAAAUGUGUGUGAACUGUCUUGCUAUCAGGGGCUUUUAACUGAGCCAGAGAUGAGAAAAGAAACUCUCAAGGCCAUGCAAUUGGUUCGGUCUCUGGAUUUCUGGCCCCAGUGCAGCCUCUCCUCACCAGACAGACAGAUACACUGCCUCCCCUCCGAGAAUGGCCAGCGUUUCAGCCCUGGCCGCUGGCACAGGAGAAGGUCCUGGCGACGUGGGUGCCCUCCGUGUGCGGUGGUGGGUGCAAGGUGAGCAGAAGCGGCAUGGACAUGAGAGAACUAUUUAAUGUGUUGUCAGCUAUUCGGCCUCCAGGCUGCUUUGCACCACAAAAGGGAAAGUGUGUAAAGGAUUCAGCAACUGAGCCAAUAGGCAGGGGGGACACCUAAUUCCACCCCACCCAGUGAGCCACCAUUUCCACUAGAGCUUAAGGACGUCACACUACAUGGACCCCGGCCGGUGUCCUUCUCUUCCAGCCAUUCUCAGGGGCCGUCGUUUGUGCUAACACUGCACCUAACUUUAGACACACAGUUGUCAAUUAUUGGUGGUCCCUGCCCAAAUGUAGGCCCAACUGUAACUGCAGAUCUUGGCCUCCAUGCUGGUUUUUAAGGCAGAUUUCAACCCAUCAAAGGAUGUGAUUCCUCUGACCCAAUAAGCAAGACAGCUUUGAGGGCAGAAUAAGGCAACAUGAAGGGAUAAGCCCCUAGGAGUCAGAACAUCGGAUUCGAGGGCCAACUCUUGGGACCUUGGGAAAGGCACCUUCCCUGUCUGCAAAUGGCGGUGGGACUGAUAAUCCUUGAGAUCCCUUCUAGGCUUCAGAUUCUGUGAUUUGUUUAUACCUAGGAAUUUCAGAAUAUUUCUUACACUCAGAAUUUUUGCUCUUUCCAAGGGCAAAAAUUCUUGGUUUCUUCUGGAUUCAAACUGUUUUAACAUCAGCAAGUCAAGGUUGGCUUCUCAUCCUUGUUAGAAAGUGAAUUUAAUACUGAGGGUAAUUGAAUGGUGUUGGCAAUUGCUUUUCCUCCUAAUGGCUGGGUAAGAAUAUUAAAACCUGCAGAGGUGGAAAUUGGAGCUCAUGGGGAAAUGGAUACAAAGCAAUUUGUUGCAGGCAGCCUUUGGACAAAUUGUUUUAAUAGGAAAUAGAGCUGCUCCUUCAUAGAUUUCCUCCACCUACCUUUCCUCCACCUUCUCGAAUGUGGUCUACGUGGCCGUUCGCAUCCAAAGAGCAGACAUUGCCUUUCUGCUUAGCACCAGCUUGCUCAUAGUCUUAAAUUCUGCCCUGUAGCAGCAAGAGAAUUUUCCUCAGUGAGAACCUCAGCCUUUAGUUCUGUUGAGCUCCUCUGGAUUCUGGACUAGAAGUAGGAGGUUCCAGUGCUGUUCACGAUGGUCCUUCCUUUAAGCAGGUCUGCAGGAGCACUCUACCAGGGCAGUAAAAGCUUUAGACCCUAAGUCCACACAGCCGUAUUGCAUAGAACAGCACUCAGCCCUGACAAGCCUCCUGCAGGACCGGGUGUGAGCAGAGUGGAAGGACAGAGACCCUGAAAGGGGAGGUGGCCAUGAGCUGCAGCGGGAAGGUGGGAAGAAGGCAGAACAAAGAGCAGCGUGGAGGCCGCCAGCCCCAGAGGAAGGGGUCACUGAGCCGUGGAGCCGCAUGCAGGGGAAUGAGUGCUGGCUCUCUGGUGCCCUCAUCCUUUGGCCCCCAGCGGAGCGCAGAUUUUAAUCAGCUUCCCUAAUGGGUAUCGACAUUGCUUGGGAGCAGCGGACCCUAUCAGGGAACAGCUAUUGAUCGCUUGUGUUCUGAUUAGAUUGGAAAACAGAUCAACUUCGCUGCUGCCCAGGAACUGUUAUUGUCACAGCUACUCGGGAAGGAGGUGGUCUCUGGGGACGGAGAAAAACCAAAUCGAGAAUCUUGACUAGCCUGCCAACGACUACAGGGGAAGAGACGCAUUCACUUGUCCUUUGAGAUUUGUGGGUGAGCGUCAAAUUGUACCUAGUGUGGCUUGCAACCCAGUGUCCCGGAAGUCCCUCAGGAAGAACUGUAAUAAGAGGCUGUGUUUACAGACAGGCACCACCGAUGAGUGAUGAAUUGACGAAUGAUCUUACCUAAAGAGGUUUAACAAUUUGGAGAGCACUCUGGCUUCCAGCCUGUGUGCAUACACAUGCACAUUUGCUAGCACAGAGCUUUCAGAAGGAAGUCUGGCAUAUUCUCGAUGAACCAGUUUUAUCCAAGUGUAUUGUCCUGUUCAUUCUUUUUAUUUUAUAUUUUGCUUUCCCCCUGCCGUUCCAGUCCCCUAAAGGACUUCUCCCUGAGCCAUUCUCCCAUCUGCUUAGCAUUUUGGACUGUGAUUCUUCCAGAGUGAUACUUUCCGUUAUUUCUCCAAAUUUCCCCCUCACGCUUCCAAUAAACUUCUUGGGUGUCCCCUUAAAGUAACAUGAGGGUGCUCUUAUGUCCUUCUCACCCUCACCCCCCCCCCCGGGAAAACAUACCAUUCACCCUUCCUCUCUCAUCUUCCUCCAUUCUUUGUUCUUUGCUUUUCUCACUUGGCGCUGAUGGUACUUAGGGGAGGAGGUUUUCCACAAAUCAGCCAUGAUUCCUGGAGGAGUUCCAUACGCCAACAACUACCACCACCACCACCCUCUUCUAGUUUCAGAGGUCCCUGGCUGUGCCAAUGGCCUCUCGGAAAUGAGGUUUGAAUGGCGGGCCUGUUCGACUUCUCCACAGACUGGCCAGAGAGACCAUGGGUAGCCGUGUCUAGUUUUUGUUCUGAGAGUUUUGACUAUUUCCAGCUAGAGACAGAGUGUCUUCUCAGAAGAAAACUUCAGCCCAUUGCUGCCUUGCAGGAGAAGAUUCAGGAAAGGCACAGUGACUGCAGUGAGCCUGUCUGAGCCUCUAAAGUCCCACAAAACCAGAGUUGGGGAAUGAGUGCAGAUCCUGAACAGGGACAUGUGAUGUCAGCAUUUACUAGACUCUCACCUUAACAUAUCUGACCUUGCCUUUUCUCCCUCCCACACCACUGAAGCCUGGGACAGAUCCCAGUGUGUCCUCUGGUGAAGAAGGCCAAAUAAUGAGCCAUUAGAGGAAGAAGGAUGUAGGGGCUCAAGCACAGAACACCAGCAGGGGUAGGAGAGGGUUCUGGAAGGAUGCACAAAUCCACAAUAACUCUGCUUCUAGUUAGUGUCCCUUGAGCCCUUGAACGAUCGGGCCUGCCACCUAGCUGGCACCUAAGUAGGGCCAUCAUCUCCCUGAAGAGGGAGGGAACACGUUUUGCCCAUGCACUCCCUGCUCUCAGAGAAUGUACGGACUUACGCCAUUCAGACUCAGCCUUUGUCUUUAUGGCUUCCCUCCCUCCGUUCUUCCUCUGCCUUGACCUUGAUCAGAUAGGGGCGAGAAGAGCUUAUAAGAACCACUCUGGGGUCUUCAUGCCUCUCCCAUUUUCAGGGUUGAAUUUUGUGUCUUCUCCACUCACUCCACUCUUCACUCCCGACCUCACUUCCACCGCAGUUCAAGCGCCAGAAGUAACGUUUCCAGCUGAGUUGUGUGGAUUAAUUUCAGUCCCUUGUAAAUACACCUGGGGCGGGCUAGGGGCAUUUAGGGAGGGGAGCCAGAUUCGCUUUGUGAAUUGAAUGUAUUUUUAUGCAAUUUUGAGUGGCCUUUCAACCCUGAGAUGAAUGAUUUUGUUUUACUGGUUGUUAUUAUAUAGUAUUAUUAAGUAUUCUGUGUUUGAAAGUUUGGGAAUAAUAAUAUUCACAUCUAUAUGAAGCCUGUAAACACAACCAUAUUUAUAAAUGAGUAAAUAAAACCGUGUUUUAACUUUGUGA